CACUACCUUCUCCUUCUCUUCUCUUUCUUUCUUUCAUCCAUCCUUCCUUCUUCCUUCUACAUCCUCCCGGUGAUAGGAAGAGUGCGAGGCAUCUCCUCCAUCUCCUCCUCCAUCCCUUCCUCUCCCAUACACGCACGCCCUCUUCAUCCACCUUGCUCCGUUCCUUCCUCUCCCCCUCCCCCACACUCACACUCACUUUCCACGCUCCUUUACUGAUUGCAAAACACUCCUUUUGUUGUUUCCUUUACACUCUACCAUACUUCCUCGAGUCCGUACCGAGUCUCAUAUACACAAGCAUCACGAAUCACUCGCCAUGACGGUCAAAGACUGGAUCAAGGGCAAGAAAACAGCCCUUUUCCUCGGCUUGGUCAUGACAGGUUUGACUCUCUUCGUCGUUGUGUUCGGAUCCUACAAGCUGUACAGCAGGAAGCGCCGUCAGCAUCAGUUGCAGGACGAGCAGGCUGCGGUGGCUCAGGGACAGCGUGUUUCCGAUAUCGAGCUCGGAAAUCUCACGGGACCUCCAGUGAUCCCCGACGAUAACGCCUUCGGAAUCGUUGCACUCCAGCGUGGUAUUUACGGUGGCGUUCAGCAGACUUCUACAAUUUCUCCCGCACCGCCGAAUACGUCGAUUGAUAAUGUCAUUGCCGCUCGCAGGGCCGCUCGAAACACCAACGCUUCGAGCGCGCCGGCCCCCGACUCGACCAUCACUCAGAGUGCCGCAGCCCCCGACUCGACCAUCAUGCCCGACACGACCAUUGUCAUCAACUUGGGUAACAGGUUGCCUAGAAACGAGGAGGCUCCAGAGGGAUCACCUGCUCACAUCGAUUCAUCUCCGCUGAGGAUGGUCUCCAGCAUCACCCAUGUCCAGCCAUCUUCAUUGAUCCCCUCGGAUUCCCUUAGGGCCCGCUACCUAGGACUUCCGGCCUUUACUACGUUCGUCUCCCGUAGGAGAAGGGCUUCGGAGAUUUUUGCCCCGAUUUUUCCCAGCCAGGAGAAUCGCUCGGCUACGCCAGUUAGUGCUGCUUCCCUCACCCCGCCGCCGUCUCCAGGAGUUCCGGUUCAGGGUGUCCUCCCCGAGAUCGCUCUCCAGAGCCCGAGUGCCGAGGAUGGAGCCACCCCCAAGGUGUACGGAGAAGACGAACAUCACGAGACCGGCGAGUCCCACUUGAACAAGAAUAACGCCUCUGUCGGAUCUCUCAACGAUGUCUACGACUACUAUGGCUCGGAUGCCCCAGCUUCCGAGUCUGGUGAGCCGCAGGAUCAGGGUCUCGAAGUCAACACUCAGGGACCCCGCCGCUUCUCCAGGAUGCCCUCUAGGGCUUUGCUUUAGAUCUUGGGACGUUCCUACACAAGAUCUUCAUGGAACAUACCGAGGUUUUCAUGAGCUUUCUUUUUCUUUUCUUCGCCAUAGAGCAUACCUGGGUUUUCUGUCACGGCUUUUUUUUCUUCCUUUUCUCGAUCAUGGACCAUACCUAGGUUUUUUUCUUCUUUUCUCCAUCAUGGACCAUACCUAGGUUUUUUCUUCUUUUCUUCAUUGAGCAUACCUGUCUUUUCUUUGAGAAUUUUCUUCUUUUCUUCAGCAUUUACAAAAGGGGGGGAUUUUCAACAAAGGUGUCAGUACUGAAUGGUGUUGCUUGUCCAAGUUUUUUUUUUUCUUGUACAAUAGUAGUUGUUUGAUACUUGUUGAGAUGAUAAUGGAAUGGGUUGUAGUUGCGUUUUUUGAUACUUGUUGAGAUGGUAAUGGAAUUGGUUGUAG